ACAGAAGCAAGCAAGCUGGUCAUGUCAUAUGUUGCAGCAGUUUGUGGUAAAGGAGCUGAAGUUAAUCAAGUGAAGGAACAACUUUUGCAGUCCAAUCCAGUCCUGGAAGCUUUUGGAAAUGCAAAAAACUGUUCGAAAUGAUAAUUCUUCCAGAUUUGGCAAAUAUAUGGAUAUUGAGUUUGAUUUUAAGGGUGAUCCACUUGGCGGAGUUAUAAGCAACUAUCUCCUUGAAAAGUCCCGGGUCGUCAGGCAACCAAGAGGUGAAAGAAAUUUCCACAUAUUUUAUCAGAUGCUGUCUGGAGGUUCUGAAGAUCUUCUCAAUAAACUGAAACUUGAUCGUGAUUUCAGCAAAUACAGCUAUCUCAGCCUGGAUUCUGCUAAAGUGAACGGUAUAGAUGAUGCAUCAAAUUUCAAAACUGUCAGGAAUGCUAUGCAGAUUGUAGGUUUUAUGGAACAUGAAACACAAUCUGUCCUGGAGGUUGUGGCAGCAGUAUUAAAACUGGGGAAUAUCGAGUUUAAACCAGAAUCUCGUGUCAAUGGCCUGGAUGAAAGCAAAGUUAAGGACAAGAAUGAGUUGAAGGAAAUCUGUGAGUUAAUUGGUAUUGAUCAGAGUGUUUUGGAACGAGCCUUCAGUUUCCGAACAGUGGAAGCCAAACAGGAAAAGGUGUCCACAACACUCAAUGUUUGUCAGGCUUACUACGCCCGUGAUGCACUGGCUAAAAACAUGUAUAGCAGACUAUUUUCAUGGCUUGUCAACAGAAUAAAUGAGAGUAUUAAGGCACAGAGUAAAGUCAGAAAGAAGGUUAUGGGAGUGCUGGAUAUUUAUGGCUUUGAAAUAUUUGAGGAGAACAGUUUUGAGCAGUUUAUCAUCAACUACUGCAAUGAGAAGUUGCAACAGAUCUUUAUUGAAUUGACUUUGAAGGAAGAACAAGAAGAAUACAUACGAGAGGGUAUUGAGUGGACUCAUAUUGAAUACUUCAACAAUGCUAUUAUUUGUGAUCUAAUUGAAAAUAAUCAAAAUGGAAUUCUGGCUAUGCUGGAUGAAGAAUGUCUGCGACCCGGCACAGUUACUGAUGACACAUUCCUAGAGAAACUGAAUCAAAUUUGUGCUACACACCAGCAUUUUGAAAGUCGAAUGAGCAAAUCUUCACGUUUCCUGAAUGAUACGUCUCUGCCACACAGCUGCUUUAGGAUUCAGCAUUAUGCUGGCAAGGUUAUGUAUGAGGUAGAAGGCUUUGUUGAUAAGAACAAUGACUUGUUGUACCGUGACCUCUCACAAGCUAUGUGGAAAGCAAACCAUGGCCUUAUCAAGGAUAUGUUCCCAGAGGGAAACCCAGCCAAGAUUAACCUCAAAAGGCCACCGACUGCUGGUUCACAGUUCAAGGCUUCAGUAUCAACUCUGAUGAAAAACUUGCAAACAAAGAAUCCUAACUAUAUCCGAUGUAUUAAACCAAAUGACAAGAAGGCAGCCCAUAUUUUCAAUGAUGCUCUUGUGCGACACCAAGUUAGUUACCUGGGUCUGCUUGAAAAUGUCCGGGUCAGAAGAGCAGGAUAUGCCUUCAGGCAACCAUAUGAUCCUUGUCUUGAAAGAUACAAGAUGCUCUGUAAACAGACAUGGCCACACUGGAAAGGACCGGCAAGAGUUGGUGUAGAAGUAUUACUCAAUGACUUAGAAAUUCCCAAAGAAGAAUUUUCCUUUGGAAGAUCAAAAAUUUUCAUCCGCAAUCCACGAACGUUGUUUAAGUUAGAGGAGUUGAGAAAAGAAAGACUACAAGACCUGGCAACACUUAUCCAGAAAAUCUAUAGAGGAUGGAAGUGUCGCACACAGUUUCUUCUGAUGAAGAAGAGUCAGAUAGUGGUGGCAGCAUGGGUCAGACGUUAUCUUCAACAGAACAAGUACAAGAGAAUUAAAAGUUCUACCAUUGUGAUGCAGUCCUAUACCAGAGGAUGGAAGGCAAGAAAGAUACUUCGAGAACUUAAAUAUCAGAAGCUCUGCAAUGAAGCAGCUACUACAAUUGCAGCAUAUUGGCAUGGAACACAAGCUCGAAGGGAAUUAAAACGCUUGAAGGAGGAGGCUAGGCGUAAGCAUGCAGUUGCAGUCAUUUGGGCUUUCUGGCUUGGACUAAAGGUACGUAGAGAGUACAGAAAGUUUUUCCGUGCAAAUGCUGGAAAGAAGAUUUAUGAAUUCACAAUACAGAGAAUGAUGCAAAAGUACUUUCUAGAGAUGAAGACAAAAGUUCCUUCCGUGUCACCCAUAGACAACAAUUGGCCGGCAAGGCCUUACCUUUUUUUGGAUAACACGCAUAAGGAAAUGAAGAGGAUUUUCCAUCUGUGGAGGUGUAAAAAGUACAGAGACCAAUUCACAGAGCAGAAGAAGUUCAUAUAUGAUGAAAAACUAGAUGCCAGCGAACUCUUCAAGGAUAAGAAAUCAUUGUACCCUGCCAGUGUUGGACAGUCAUUCCAAGGUGAUUACUUGGAAAUCGCCAAAAAAUCCAAAAUAUAAGAAGCUGAGUGAUACCAUUGAAGACAAAAUAAUCAUUGCUGACACUGUGAGUAAAAUCAACAGAGCAAACGGAAAGGGAGCGACCAGAAUUUUCUUGUUGACCAAAAAUAAUGUCAUUAUUGCUGACCACAAGUCUGGACAGAUCAAGCUGGAAGUUUCCCUGGGUGAUAUUACAAAAUUGAGCAUGAGCUCCCAAAAUGACGGGUUCUUUGCAGUCCAUCUUAAGGAGGGCUGUGCAGCAGCAUCCAAGGGUGACUUCCUCUUCAGCAGUGAUCAUCUCAUCGAGAUGGCUACAAAGCUCUACCGUACUGCACUGAUGCAGACAAAACAGAAAAUCAACAUUGAGAUUGCCGAUGAGUUCUUAGUACAGUUCAAGCAGGACAAAGUCUGUGUGAAAUUCAUCCAAGGAACUCAAAAGAAUGGCAAUGUUCCCACUUGCAAAAGGAAAAACAAUCGCCUUCUUGAGGUGGCUGUACCCUAA